CACCGUAGUUGUGUUGCACGUCUGCUGUGUUGAUACCGAACAAAAUGGCUGCAGAGGCUUGAUCCUGACCCGACGCUCUCAGCGCUUUCUCCGGACACUCCGCACUUAUCCAUGGAUAUUUCCGCUGUCGUUUUAAAAACGUCGCUGGAUUUCUUCACACGACUGCAGCCAGACUGCUUGCCACAUUGCUCGCUAUCUUUAUUUUUGCACUUUACUUGAAGCAGCUCGCAUCGUAUAUGCCAGUCCACCAGACAGUAGCAGCUUCAAACUGCCCUCUUCUUCAUGUUGCACCAUAGAUCAGAUGCUAUUACUGAUGACCAAUUUAUGCCACUGUACUUAACCAACUGCCUCUCCGUUUUAAUGUAAUUUUUCUGUCUUUUCGAAGGUAUUUGGUAGCGUCAUGUAAAUGUCGUCUGCUGUUUUUCCAGCAUGCAUGCAUCUAUAAUCUCCAUCAGAGCCCAAAGCUCUGAGUCUGCAUAGAGAUUUCCAUUUGCAUAUUCAUUUUUUGUGUUUAUUUUCAUUCUGCUGCCUUUUUGGGACACUUUCGGAAGUUCAGCUGCUCAUUCAGUACAGUGUUACUUGGGUCUGUCUGUUUUUACGGGUACUUCUUUUUCGGAAAAAGGCCUUUUUGUACCGCUGUACGACAUGCAACACCUUUUUACUGAAAGCUGCCAAAGCUCGACUUGUGAACAGAAAGCUGAGAAAAGCUGAACAUCACAAGGAGAGAACCAUUUGAUGGAAGAAAAGAAAAAGAAAAAGCAAGAAGUUGAGACAAAGAAGAACGCUGCAGAGAAAACGGUUACUGAACAGAAAACCAAAGUGCCAGACUCUGUUAAACCCAAUCCCAGCAUCCCUUCAAGUCCCAUUUUGACCCUGAACCUGCCUGUACCCUCUGCCUCCACCACCAGCAAUGGCAAGCGUAACCCUAGUAAUGCCCUACAACAACAGUUACCUCCAUUGCAGCAGCCCAGUCCCCGAUAUGUGCACAGAGAGGUUCCUCCACGCUUCCGACAGCAGGAGCAGAGGCAGCUACUGAAGAGGGGUCAACCUUUACCUACAGGCGCUCGUAACCCGACCUCUGCUUGCACUCAGUCUGGGGUCAUCUCCCCUCCUGAGACGCCCACCAGCAAACGGCACACGGGACUUCCCCAUCAAAGUGGCCUGGGAGCCCAGAAUGAGAAUUGUCACUGGAACAUCCCAGUCACCAAAAGCAGCAGCGGCAACCAGGAUAAAGUGAUUAUUAACCAUAACAACUCAGACACUUGGCCUUCCAUUACAUACGGCAAGAGCCAGCAGACACCAGAAUGCACCUUGGACGCUGAACGCACAUCAGAGUUUGUAGGCAACAGUAGUAGCACUAUCAUGGCUACAGGAGCUAGCCAGCAGGGUCAUUACCCAAUCAGCAAAGCCAGCGUUAAUCUCACUUCUAGUAUGGUCUCUAGUCAAGGUGGCCCUACCAGGGGGUGGGUCUCAGAAGGAAAGAUUGACUUUCCCAUGGGCAGUACAGGGCAGUCCAGCUGGGGUGCCUCUAAUCUGAACCUCAACCCCAGUGCCAACCCUGCUGCUUGGCCAGCUCUUGGACAUGAGGGGCCUGGGGUAGGGUCAGGCCCUAGUAGCAUGGUUUGCUCAAAUUCACUUUCACUUAGUAUGUGUGGCCAAGGAGGAGUGGCACCACCUCACGGCACCAUUGGAAAUGGUAGCAUUGGUUGUGUCAAUGGAAACCUUGUAGGGGACUGUGCAUGGGGCAACCCAGAUAUCCCAGAACAGCACCAGUCUCCCACAAAUGUAUCUUUCAACAUGAAACCUCCUAACCUUAAAACUGAUGGACCAAAUAACACUAAACCAGAGCCAAUGAGUCCAGUGAACAGCUGGAGAGGAAACCUUAGUCAGUCACCUACUGAGCCUGCCAGUGAAGAUGGAACUGCUUUCUGGGGCAACCGAGAUGCCAAAAAUGGAGAAUCAAAGGAUUCCGGCUGGGAUUCUGCAGGGGUCUCCUCUUGGGGGCAGGGAGGAGCUAGCAGUGGUGGCGGCUGGGGUGACUGGAGCAAACAGCCAAGCACUGACGGUACAGGGUGGGAUGCUAAUGAUGGUCCUUCCCAAGAACAUAUGAGUUCCUGGGGCCCUGAUACUCCAGCAAGUGAGGGCAGCAGGGAUAGUAGUGAGGGCCACUCAAGAAGAAGAGAGAGGUCCUCAAGUGAUGAUUUGGCCCCUUUGCUGCCGAGGCAGGACUUGGACCCACGUGUCCUCUGCAACUCAGGCUGGGGACAAACUCCAGUUCGUCAACACACUGUUUGGGAAAUGGAAGAAAGUCCAGACAAAAAGAAUGAUGCAGGGACUGAGGUCUGGGGGUCUUCCUCCAACACACCUUUAACUGGGCCUGCACCACCUCCUCCUGGAUCUGCCAAUCCCAACCUCAAUGCACCUCCUAGAAUGGACACAAGCAAGAGCGAGGGAUCUUGCAGAGCCACACCAAACUCAGGCUGGGGAGGAUCGGUCCCAGCCUCUGCUCAACCUAAUGGUGGAUGGGGGGAACCACCUGUAAAUAAAAAGGUUCCCAAUGGAUCAGUUUGUGGCUGGGGUGAUCCCAUUGCUGAGGGUAUCAACAGCAAUGGCUGUAAUGGCCAAUCUUGGGCUUCUGAAGAAAAGUCUUCUAGCUGGGAUGAUGGUACUUCUCAGAAAAAAACAAAAGGUUGGGGUGAUGGACCCAAAACUUCCUCAGGCUGGGGAAGUAGUGGCAGUGGGAAUAGUGGAGAGUGGGGUGACCCUUCAGAAAUACGGAAGGAUGGCUCUGGAAGUAACUCUAGGGACCCUGAAAACAGAAACUGGAAGGAAACCCAGAGAGGUUGGGGUAAAGCAGCACCAGCACAGGGUGGUGGUUGGGGUGAUGCUCAACAUUCCAAUGGUUCAGCCCAAGGUUGGGGUGGAAAACUUCAGGAAUCCACAUGUGGCAACAGUGGAGCUGGAGGCAUAGGAUCAUGGUGUGGCCCAAAUUCUGUAAAACAGAACAGCUCUGGCUGGGCAUCAGGAGGACGCCAGGAUCCAGGAGAUGAGGUCACAGGCUGGGAAGAACCAUCUCCAUCUUCUAUUCGUCGCAAAAUGGAAAUUGAUGAUGGGACCUCCACCUGGGGUGACCCCAAUGCUUACUGCAAGAGUGUGAACAUGUGGGACAGGAAUAACUCCCAAAAUCAUCCAGGAACCAGCAACAAUGGCAGCAGUAAUAGCCUAACUGGGCCAAACAACAACAACAGCAACCAUCACCAACACCACAGCCAAGGUCCCACUCAGAACCAUGUCAAUGGCAGCAACAACAAUGGCUCACCCAGUCAAGGUGAAUCUCCUCUUAACAGGGUGCCCAUGGGGAACCCAGGCUGGGGAGAGCUUCCUAAUGUCCAGCCAAAUACAGAACCCUCUUCAUGGGGCGAGCCAGCCAAUUCCAACCCCUCUGUGGACAAUGGCACUUCAGCUUGGGGCCAGCCCACUAAGGGCUGUGGAAGAUGGGGUGAAAGUGCCCGUGACUCCAGUGGACCUUAUGGCAGAGGAAAUGCACCUGCUGGAUCAGGCCCCUGUCAGGAAGGUCCCAAACCUAUGCAAGAUGGCUGGGGAUCUGGAGGGGAAGAGAUUGGCAUGAACACCAGCCAGUGGGAUGCUGAUGAUGGUGACAUGUGGAACAGUCCCACAUCCCAAGACUCCUCUUGUAAUUCCUGGGGUCAAUCCAAGAAGGGCCCACAAAGGGGCAAGUUCUCCAACAAGCAGGAUGACAUUUGGAUCAUGACCAGACUUAUCAAGCAGCUUACAGACAUGGGUUUUCCAAAGGAUCCUGCAGAAGAAGCCCUGAAGAGCAACAAUAUGAAUCUGGAUCAGGCCAUGAGCGCUUUGUUGGAGAAGAAAACUGAACUGGACAAACGGGGGAUGGGCAUGUCGGACUACAGUAAUGGAAUGAAUAGGCCCAUGGUGUGCCGACCCACAAACCUCUCCAAAGACCCCUCACUGGAUCGUGCCCCCUUCCUGGACAAGGAUGGCAGGCUGUCAGAUGAUGCUUCAACCUCACCGUUUAUGCCUUCUCCUGGCCUCAAGCUCCCACUGGCCAAUAGCAGUCUCCCUAGCCAUGGAUUGGGUGGGGUCUCCUCUGGCCUGUCCAUGCAAAACUUGAACAACAGACAGAUGCAGAAUGGAAUGUUUGGCACUAACGGAGCAGCACAAACUCGGGUCAUGCAGCAGCAGGCCCCGCCCCCUCAGCCACCAGUGCCACCUCUUAGCUCCGCCCAGCCUAUUCUACGUGCUCAAGUGCCUCAGCUUCUCACCCCUCAGGUUCAAGCACAGCUCUUACAGUUUGCGGCAAAAAACAUUGGUCUGAAUCCUGCACUUUUAACCUCACCAAUAAAUCCUCAACAAAUGACCCUGCUGUACCAACUACAACAACUGCAGGUGGCAUAUCAGCGUUUGCAGAUUCAGCAGCAAAUGAUGCAGGCUCAGCGUAAUGUCUCUGGUUCCAUCAAACAACAAGAGCAGCAAGUUGCACGUACAAUCACAAACAUGCAGCAGCAGAUUCAGCAGCACCAGCGUCAGCUGGCCCAGACUCUGCUUAUGAAGCAGCAGCAGCCUCCACCUUCUUCUCACACCGGCCUGCACCCAAACCUUGGUAAGGCAAGCCUGGACACCUUCACAGGUCACCCUCAGACUUCAGGCCUCUCCGUCUCAGACCUGCAGACCAAAGAGCAGCAGUCUUCUUCAAACUCCUUCAGCCCUUAUACACUCUCUGGUUUGAACCCGAACAUUAAUGUAAACUGUAUGGAGGGGGGAGGUCUAUCUCUGAAAGACCCUCCUCAGCCUCAAUCCAGACUCUCACAGUGGACUCAUUCAAAUUCCAUAGAUUCCAUGACGGCUAGCGCUCAGCACAUGGAGGCAAACCUCAAUAAGCAUGGUGCAAUCUCUGCUGCUCAGUCCCAUGUGCCUGUCGGAAAGAGUGCCAUGGAAGAUUCCUUCAGCCCAUACAAUCUGAUGUCAAGCUCUGAAUCCCCCACCAGCACCUUGGUGCCUCCGGAGAGCUGGACACAAGGCAAAAGUCCCAAUGAGAAAAUCUCUAGUGGCUCCAAUAUCAACUGGCCUCCAGAAUUCUGCCCUGGGGUGCCAUGGAAAGGUCUGCAGAACAUUGACCCUGAGAAUGACCCCAACAUGACCCCAGGAAGUGUUCCAAGUGGCCCCACCAUCAACACCAACAUACAAGAUGUGAAUCGCUACCUGUUGCGUGACAGGACUGGAGCCUCAUCCCCAUCUCAGAGUGGGACUCUGUCUUCCUCGAGCGAGUGGUCGGUCAGUGCAUAUAAUUCAUUUGGUCCGUCCUCUCAGAACGAAAGGGAUGCUGACAAACCAGGUAAACUCUUGGAGAUGAAGUCUACCUGGUCCCCUGGACCCAUCUCCCACACACAGGCGUCUUUAUCUCAUGAGUUAUGGAAGGUUUCUCCAGGGACACGUAACUCCAGUGCUCCCUCUCGCCCCCCUCCAGGCCUGACCAACACCAAGCCCUCCUCCACCUGGGGAGGAAACUCCCUUGGCCUCAGCCAGGGCUGGACUAGCUCUUACUCGUCAGAAGGGGGAACUUGGAGCACUGACAGUCCCAACAGAGGAAGCAGCUGGCUCGUGCUGAGAAACCUCACUCCUCAGAUUGACGGCUCCACCCUACGGACUCUGUGCUUGCAGCACGGCCCUCUCAUUACCUUCCAUCUGAACCUGACGCAGGGCAAUGCUGUCGUACGUUACAGCUCCAAGGAGGAGGCCGCCAAAGCCCAGAAAUCCCUGCACAUGUGUGUGCUGGGUAACACUACCAUCCUGGCAGAGUUUGCCAGUGAGGACGAUGUGAACCGCUUCUUUGCACAGGGCCAGUCCCUUACCCCCACCACCAGCUGGCAGGCCAGCCCAGCACCAGGCUCCAAUCAACCCCGGCUGGGCAACCCUGUAGCCAGCCACCCCACAGGCCUCUGGAGCGGGGGUGGAGGAGGUACCAAGACAGUCUGCAGCACCGGGAACAGCAGCAGUGGAAACGGAGGUGACCUGCUGUGGGGCGGCGUGCCGCAGUACUCCAGUUUAUGGGCUCCCCCAAACGGAGACGAUGCCAGGGUAAUCGGCAGCCCCAUCCCAAUUAACACCUUGCUCCCGGGUGACCUACUAAGUGGAGAGAGCAUGUAGGAUGUAUCGGACAUCAUAAACCGACAAAGUCAAAAGACCUAAUGGAUCAAGACCCAAGCAAAUCAAUGUGGCGAUAAUCACUUUUUGUGGAGCUGUAAUGGAGGUUUAGUCUGAGGCGAAGCUGCAAACCUCCAACUGCUGUUUAUUUGUCCUCUGGUUUUUAUGUCAGACUGUUUGUUGUAUCCGUGCAUCUUGUUCUUAGUGUGCAAAGACCUUGAGAAGCAAGAAUCAAUAGAGGCAGAAGCCUUUUUGAUGCUUUUUUUAUUUCCAAAGGUUGUUUUUGCUCAAAAGUGUUGUUCAGGAGAAGCCAUCAACGAGGCAGCCAUCUGAAAGUGACCCAGGCACAGUGAGACCUCAUGACACCCUUCCCUAUAACGACACUGUUCUGAUGAUCGGAAUGAUCUUGGUACUUUUUUGGUUUUAAACUUUUCAUCUUUUCUUCAGAACUUAUUAUAUUAGCCGUAAGUGCUCUCUCUCCAGGUCCUCCUUAAAAACCUUUAUUUUAUAAAACCAACAAAAAAUUCUUUGUAACUUGCACAGUACUGUUUCUGAGCCAGCGUAUAGGCCAGAGCAAAUGAGAAGAACACUCCUAGCAGUGGCCUGUCAUCAUGACUAAUCACCAAUGAUCUUUUUUCUUUAAUUUUUUUAGUUUUACAAAAGGGAGCUGCACUGCUCUAUGAUUUCUAUUUACUCACGCCAGUUUUUUUUUUUUUUUUAUGUGUAUGGUUGAAAAAAAUAAGCUGAAUGUUAAGCUUUGAUGUAGAUGAAUGAAUGUCAGAGUGUCUGCUGGAACUUGACCAAGCAUCUGUGUGUGAGUACAUAACCACUGUUAAAAACACUUUCAGUGGAGGCUUUUUAAAUAUACCUAAUGGACAUCAGUGCUGAAUCAAUCAGAUGUUAUUCAGUUACUGUGUGGUGUAUCUGGUCGUCAUUUUUAUUGAGAUACACAGAGAGAAGAAACUCAUUCUGAUGCAUUGUGCAAUAGAAGCCAGAGACCCUUUCUUCCGUCCACACUGAAGCUUACUGAAACUUAAGACUGCUUUGUUUCUUCUUCUUUUUUUGAAGACUUUUGAAGAAUUUAACCUUUGGACUAAUUUCCCACCUUGCCUCUGUCUGUCUGGCUUGCUGGCUGUUCGGUAUUUGUGUGGAAAGGAGGAACUGUUAAUUGUGUUAGACGUCACUACAUGUGGUUUAAAACUGCAUGUGUGGGAUCGCAGUCUCCCGGCCACUUCUUCACCAAACAGAAACGGAAUCCAGAGCGGAGACACAUGGCACGGGAGUCAGGCACAAUACCAAAUACAAUGUGUUUCUCUUAAUGCAGUACAGAAUAAGAGAUCCUUGCAUUUGGUACAAACAUAAAAGACAUCUACAUUUUCUAAGUCUCUUCUUAAAGGGGUAUUAUCAUAGCACUUAUUACAAGAGUGAUGCUCCUUCUGUGAAGCCAAUAAAUCAGAUAACGGAGCGUAUAGUUAAAAAAAAAAAAAAAAAAAAAAAAAAAAAAACUUCUUAUGGCAACUUUUGGCUUUUUUUUUUUUUUUUUGUACCUUAAUGGUAUUCAAAAAAGCUUGUUUGUUUGUCAUCCAUCUCUGGUCCAGAAGCUUAAAUGCAGAAAAAAAAAAAAACAUUUCAGAAUGAAGGGAAGAACAAACUCUACAAUCAAACGAAACUUGCAAUGUAUGUUUUUUGUGUUUGUACUUUUCUUUCUACUCUAUCAAAGUGAAUGUCAUUGUUACUCUGAAAUAGUCAAAAGUGUUUGCCCUGUCUGGAGGAGGCACCUCGAUUGGACUGGAUAUAAAAGGAGGCUGUGGUGGUGUGUUAGUGCCUCAAUGUGGAAACUGAUCGGAGGAUGUUUGAUUCUCCAUAGCAACUCUCUCUGUGCACCUAGUACAAUGGAAUGCAGGAAAGGACAGUAAUGAUGUCAUGAUAUGGAUGUUGGCGGCAUCAUUCAUCAUUGGCGUCCUUGUAGUAGUAACUUAGGUACAGAUCUUCGAAUGUCCUGCCGUUCCUUCUCUGGAUAACAUCACACCUCUCAUGCAUCCUUCCCCACUCCCUGGUCUCCCCCACCCCAAUUGCUAGUGUUGUGUGAUGUUUUUUCACAUUCUGUUGGUCUUCAUGCAGUGCUCAUAUGCAGAUACACUUUAAAAAAAGGUGCCUCUGUAUACCUGUCCUGUGUAACGGAUGCAAACGAAGAUCGAUGGUGUGGGCCAUAUUUGUUUAUUUCAUGUCAAAAGUCAUUUGUUUUUGUUGUUAACAAUGUUCCUAGGUCAUUUAGAAUAGGGGCUCUUUUAGUGAUGUGUGUGUGUGUGCGUGACCUCACCCUGGGUGUCCCACCUCUAACUCAGCUGCUAACAUCCUCUCUCUCUUGUGUGGCCUCGGUGAAGCCAACCCUGUUAUCGAGACAAGCCACCCGUACUUGAAAAGCCCUGUCCGAGCAGUGUUUCUAUGGACAGACUCUUUCUGCCACUGGCUCUAUAACUACAGCACACAGCAUGCUGUUACUAUGCAAAGUUAGAGACGAUGGGCACGUAAUGUCCAUCUUGUGCCAAUCUGUGGCUUUGAAAGGAAGUUGGAAAUAUCUCACAGUCCUCCCGUAAUACUUCCUUACAUACUCAAGAGGCCAUUGUAAUCCUUGUAAAUUUAGGAUGUUGUCUGACUCUAAGCCAAUUUCGUUUUGGGAGGUCUGUGUGUUAAUUCUGCUGAAUUUGAUCAAUCUCAUUUCAGUACAAUCUCAGGGCAUGACAAGAUGAACUAAAUUUAUGUGUAAUGAAAGUUGAUAGUUUUGAAGAUUUAUCGUCUGUAAGCAGUUUUACACACUAAAUGAUGUGUAAGAAGCUUACGAAGUGUACAUUAAAGAAACGCAAGCGGAUAUUUAUCAGUGGGGCAAUAAAAUUAGGAGGCUGGCUAGUUUGGGUCUUCUCAAUCCUUCUGAACAGGGACUGCUGCAGAGCCAUCAGUUCAUUUAUACAGUAAAUGGGACCUGUGUAUCUUACCUCUCUGCUGCUGGUUGUGUUGAAUUCCCCUCAUGGUCUCAUGUGCCAAUGUAUACAUAAAUAUAUGUACAGUACACUGUGGCAUCUCUGACUUCACAUUUUAAAUUCCAAUGUUGUUUUGUUGUAGAGCACUUCUGUUCGGAGGCACUUUGAUGAUUUUUGUAUGUUUGAGGUGGGAUUGGGUUUAAAAGGGGUUGAGGAUAUUCGUCAGAUAUAUUUGUCACCUCAUGCUAACUAUUUGUGAUAAUCUUGUUGCUGUCAUUUGAAGAAUCCUUUAUAACAAGCAAGAACUUUAACAGCAUUGGGGAUUAUGGUGUGCCAAUGGUAUACAGAUAAUGAGUAAUCCCUGGUACUUUUUUGAAUACCAAAAAUGAAAUAGCAUUUUAGUAUCUUUUUUUCUUUCUUUUUUUUUUUUUUUUUUUUAAAGUUUGACAAAAACAUGUAAACAAUGAAGGAAAAAAGAUCUAUAACAUUUAAAAAUGCACUUCUUGCUGAUAUUAUCUCCUGUUUGCUGGUCAUGUUCUGAAGGUUGACAGCAAGCUGGAGUGCCUUUUGUGUAUGCUGUAUUAACUGUUUGUUUGUAAAAUUGUGGCCUGAACUGUACAUUUCCAUCUCAGUCUCAGUUCAUUUCUGGCCUGUAUGCUGUAUAAACCUUCUUUUAUUUUAUUUCAUUUUUCUUUCCUUUUGGAAAAAGACAUUUCAACAGAUGUCUUAAGAUGCUAAAGUUGUUCAUUGACUUAUUUGUUUCUAUUUCUGGGAUUCUGGGAGGUGGGGGUGGGGGGGGGGGGUGGGGGGGGAUCACUGUUGCCUGUGUGUAACUGCCUUGUUCCAAACUCAGUCACAGCUGACUGACAGUGAACCACAAUGUGGCUGUAAUUCCAAACAGUCAAAGAUCACAGGAAGUCUCUGGUGACACCAGCAUAGGUAGACUAUGACUACAGCUUACCAUUAUCCUCAAUAUUAUCAUGUUCAUUAUGAAGAGAAAUGCUAUAAGAUCUCUAAAUCCUUCCCUUUUGAAACUACUGGGUAAAAUACAAUUUGAAAUAAGCAAUAGACCUUGAUCCUUACGGUGUGUCAUCUGAGAGAAUUUGCCUAAAAGAAAAAAAAAGAUUGAUAGAUCUGAACUAAACAGUCUUACUGAAGUUGCAUAUUGGUUUAAAUUAAAUUACACAGGACGUACAUGCAGUAUUUGUGUAUACCUUCAAUCAUUAUGUUGAAACCCAUAAUUCUAAACAAUGUUUAUGUCUCUAGGCAAAGAAUGAAAAUCAUAAACAUAUCAAAAGAAAUAUAUUCACCGAUACUUGAAUUAAAGCACGCCAAUUGUAAAAUGUGAAUUUAUUUUUUCUUAAAUUUUUGUUUGGGUCUGACACUUUUAAGGUAUUUGAUAACAUGCUCACAAGGUUUAACAUUCUUCACGAGGAAGAAAAAAAAGCUAUGUUGAAAAAUGUUGAUUUUAGUAUGAAUGAGUGUGUUUGAAUGGUUCUGUAUGUGCACUCUUUAAUCACUGCUUCUCGUCACGUGGCGACUGCCUGCAAUUAUGAUCCAUUUAGUAUGUUGUACAGUCUCCGUUAUGUGUGUGCGUUUUAAAAAAUGUUCCAACAUGGUUACUAUCUAGCGUUGCACUGAGUGUCUUUUUUCCCUUGCUCCAAAAUAAAAAAAUAAAAAUAAAAAAUAAAAAAAAAGCGGGGGAGAUGAUGACAAUUCAUGUGUUAAUGUUUACUCAAGGACUUUAUGGGUUUAUUUUCAUCUUUAAAUAUUAAAAACCUGUAAAAUUGUAUCCUCAUAUUGGCUUUUAUUGUGUAAUAAUUCCCACAAGAGUUAUCAUUUUAAAGAGUUUUGCAUUGUUUCAAUUGCAUUAUUUAAAAAAAAAAAAAAAAAACAUAAAAAUAGUAAUAGAAAAAAAAAUAGAAGAUAAAAACUAAACUUUGGCCAUAGUGAGAAAGUUAGUAGAGAAGCAGUAACAUUCAUGAACAGUAAAGAUAAACAGAUGCAAGUUAGUGACAUUCUGACUCAUUUCAAAAGGUGCCUAUCUCUUCCAUUCUGUGAAAUUCUUCUUUCUUUUCAGAAUUACCUGCCGUUUACAAAUGAUGGAAUUUUCCGAAUUUGCAAAAACAAAACAAAAAAGUAAAGGAAUUUACUACAAGAAUGCAAGAAAAAAAACUACAUUUACAUCUUCCAUCAAAUAAAUAAAAAAAUAAAUUAAAAAAAACUUUUUAAAUGAAGACGUAUGCUACUUGCUGAACUCUGGGAUUGUUUCAGUGUUGCGCUGAAUUUUGCUUAUGAAUUACAUUAUUGUUCUUGUUGGUUGAACUUAUGCCAAAAUGUCUUCAAAUUUUCAUUUCUGUAAAAGCAACAUAAUUCUGUCACUGUCUUGCACAUUGACAAUGGACUUGGAUAUUUUCUCAGGAAGAUUAGGGGUCCAGAGUUCCAGUUUCACUGUUAUGAUGUUGAUUAUCAUGAGAAUUUAACAAAUCGUUUAAUAAAAGAGGACAAAAGAUGUCGAUAGAAAUCCAGCUCUAAGCACUGAAGGUUAUGGAUUUUUUUUUUUUUUUUUUAUGUCUUUUUGAAUUUUAAUCCGUAGCAGACACACAUUUACCAAAUAUUAGAUUUGUAAUGAACCUAUGCGUUAUGUUUCUUUAAGUGGAGUACUUUCCAUUUGAAAUAUGUUUGUUUGUAUCUAUUGCUUUACGUACAAAUACAGUUUUGUUUAUUGGUUAGGUUGUGGAAGGACCUACCACUGUUUUAUUUUACCUUGCUUGAUGUUUCUCAACGAGGUCCAGUAAAAGAUGCUUGGUAUUCCAUCCUCUUGUCUUUUCUUGUUUUGGAAAUUCAAUAGAGGCUUGUAUGCAAAGGCCUGAGAAUUGUAGAUCAACACAUAGAACUUGAACUCCUACCAGAUUUUCUUACUAGUUUUUGAGUGUGGGUUGAAAAUACUCCAUCUAGGUUUAAGACUAUGAUGAGGAAUUAAAAUAUUGUGAAAGGAUUAAGAAUCUAUGCACAAGUUUGAGGGGACAAUAUGUCCGGUCAUGCUAUUCUCACAAGUAACUUUUUGAUGGGGGGGGGUUCAUACACUUGUUAUUUGUUGCUUUAUUGUAUGAGUUCUGAUUUGAAUUAGCAGAUUUUAAAGUGUCAUCAACACGCUCUGUGUCUCUCAACCAAGGAGCAUCAUCAACCAAGCACUGUGGGUUUAUGCCAAUCCGUGACUGACAUUCUAGUGUUCAAAUGGAAUGAUGGGUUGUACGGGGUCUUGUGAAAGGGAAUUUAAUUGUUUCUCUUUAUUGUUCAAAUAUUAAGAACCUGACUGUACUGAGAUUUAACAAUGUUGCUGGCUUUUAAAUGUUUUUUCCUUACCCUUAAUAGAAUGUGAUCGUUGAGGACUUGCACCGAAAAAGUCUUUCCAUGUGGUAUGGAGAUUAUUUCAACCUAUAUUAAUAAACAGCAUUUUUUUCUCUUGAA